GAAACAUUUGAGAGAUGCUCACACGUGGAUGUUGCUUGGUGCAUGAGGUGGUAAACUGGAGAUGUUGAAUGUUGUCGUGGAGUGGUUAAGGUUUGCGUACACUUUCUUGGAAGUUAUCGUGAAUUAUAUCUCCAAGCCAUCACUUAUCGUUAAAAGCCUUUUCUGUAGCGUCGACACCUCUCAAUCUCAUCAACUUCCCAAUCAUCUCGCUGUCCUGUAUACCGACAAAUAUGCCAUUUCACUUGAAGCUCUAGGUAAAUUGAUUGUUCACAGUGCGCACGCUGGCAUCACAAAAAUUACGUUAUAUGAUCCGUGGUCGUAUAUUUCUUCAAGACAAGAACUUCUGAGAAAGCUAACGUAUGAUUUUAUGCAUAGGACUUGCGCGAAACAGCUUGUGCACGUGGAGUUCCACGAUCCCGACUAUUCUAUAUUCAAUCCGAGUUUCACCCAUACUAGUGUCAAGAUACUUGGUGCACGAGAUGGUAGACAGUCCAUUGUUCGAGCUUGCCGAAAACUUUGCAUGGAAUGUAAACCAGAAAAUAUAACAAUCGAGCAAAUAUCAGAGUGUCUUGCUGAAGAACACAUUUGUGAACCGGAUUUUCUGCUCCAAAUAGGCAAUUUGGAAACAAUGGCGGGUUAUUCUCCGUGGGUGUUAAGGAUAACGGAAAUACUUCAGGUGAAAAGUCUUCCUAGUAACUUUUCGCAUCAGCAGUUUCUCUCAUAUCUCCACGAAUACUCAUCAAGAGAUCGUCGAAUCGGAAGGUGAAUCUCAAUUUCAGCAUUUGAUUUGAGAGAAACUUUAAGCUUUAUAUUUCACUGACAUAAAGCUUCGCAGGGAAGUGCAGUAAAAGGCCAUGUAUUCAUUUGGUUUAAUUUUCUAAAUAUAUUUCAUUUGCUGUAAUUCCGUAAAAGGUUUAAUUAUUGAUUUAUUUCACUUAAGCAAUUGUCGCUGAUGGUCAAAUUUUUAGUGUGCCUUUUCACGCCAGUUUUCGAAUCCUUUCCAUAUUCAGUUCCUUCCAUAUUCAAAUCUAUCCUUCAUUCUGCAAACUAUUCUUAUAGGACUUUCACACAUUUCGAAUUCCUGUUCCGUCUUUCGCGACAAUAUACACAAAUCAUAGAGCCA